AUGGAGGAGGCCACGAAUGGCGACCUGGUGAGCGGGAACUCCAGCACAGAACUGAGUCGUCCUAAGCGCGAGCUCAACAUCCCCUUCUACUACAUCGGUGGAGGCUAUACCUACAGUCAACCGACCUUUGAUGAGGUCCAGCGACUGAUUACGUAUGUGGAUACAGUGACGCCGGAGAACUGUGCCACAAAGACGCCUGAAGAGCUGACAAUGCCCGGAGGCGUGAGUUACGGCGCUGAAGUGCAGUUCGAGAUGGAGGGUCGUAUGGCCCUUAGACUGGCUCACUUCCUCAGCGCCUACUAUCAGAACAACAUUGUCGGCGAGCUCUACGGCAACCUGAAGAUUGUCUCCUGCGGUGUCUUCUUUGACCACCAGGCUUUCACGGACCACGAUGGCGUGACGUGGGACCUCUUCGCGCCGUACGCCUACAAACCGACAAUGUCCGCCCAGGUGGCAAAUGCCAUUGAUAUGAGUGUGCAAACCUUCCGAAAUUACACUCAACAGCCCUGGUUCCGAACUCUCAAGGUCGAUAUGCCUAUUAAUUGA